AUGAGGCCGCCGCCGGGCGGAAGGACGCGGAGCCGCGGCCUCUCGCUGGGAGUCCUCGCCCUCUGCGUGGCCGCCGCCCGCUGUCUGCAGAGUCAGGGCGUAUCACUGUACAUUCCCCAGCCAGCCAUCAACGCCACGGUGGAAGAGGACAUCCUGCUCUCGGUUGACUACUCCUGCCAUGGGAUCCCCACCAUCGAAUGGAAGUACACGUCCAGCUGGGGAGUGCAGAAGAUCGUGGAGUGGAAGCCGGGGACUCAGGCCAACAUCUCCCAGAGCCACAAGGACAGGGUGUGCACCUUCGACAACGGCUCCAUCCAGCUCUUCAGCGUGGGCGUGCGGGACUCCGGCUCCUACAUCAUCACGGUGACCGAGCGCCUGGGGAGCAGCCGGUUUGGCACCAUCGUGUUGCACGUCUCAGAGAUCCUCUAUGAAGACCUCCACUUUGUCGCUGUCUUCCUUGCUUUUCUUGUUGCUGUGGCUGCACUGCUGAUCAGCCUAAUGUGGGUUUGUAAUAAGUGUGCCUAUAAAUUCCAAAGGAAGAGAAGACACAAACUCAAAGAAAGCACAACAGAGGAGAUUGAGCUGCAGGAAGUAGAGUGUUAG